AUGAAUUUCGAUUACCAUACCUAUAAUUUAUGGGCUGGAAAUGCCUAUGGAAAAUUCAAAACUAACACAGUGCUUAGAUAUGAUAGUGAAUUCAAAGAAGUUUUAGCUUGGGGUGCACUAGGUUUGGCAAAGAAUCCGGGUCGGAGAAGAAGCGAGAGUGUAUCAAAGCCUGUAGAACUAUUCAAACUUGCUUUGGGGAACUUACCUGAAGAUCUAAAACCAGAACUUCCGCCAAAACUUCAUCUACAAACAGAACAGAGACAUAAAAGAGCUAUUACUGACUAUCUACAGAAAAUGGGCAUGUUGCUUCCUUUAUUUAAACCAAAAAAAGUUAUGCGCGAAUGUGCUUUCAAAGCAAACCUGAUUUCUAAAGUUGACUCGGAUAGACUACAAUUUACUACAGAACGUAAGGCCGCUGCUAUAUACUGCAUAACGAAAAAGAGUUUAAGAGAUAAUUUUCUCAAGGAUUCCGAUACUUCUUUCUUAAUUGUUGAUUGUGGAGGUGGAACAGUUGAUUUGACUACGCGUAAAUUAUUAAGCAAUUGUGAGUUAGGUGAAGUUACAGAACGUUCCGGAGAUUUCUGUGGAUCCACUUUUAUCGAUAAAGAAUUCUUGAAAUUUCUUGGUAAAAUUGUUGGCGAUGGCGCGAUAAAAUUGCUCCGUGAAAAACAUUAUGGCGAAAUGCAAUAUAUGAUUCAAGAAUUUUGCAGUAACAUUAAAAUUCCAUACACUGGAGAUGACCAAUUUACCUAUGACUUUGAUCUGGAUGUAGAAAUCUGUCCAGUAUUAAAGCAAUAUGUCUUAGGAGAGGCAAAAACAUCUCUUGAAGAAAAAGAAUGGAUUGUUGAAAUUAACAACAAUGACGUCAAAGAAAUGUUUGAUCCUAUCGUUGAAAGAAUUAUCCGACUUAUAAAAGUACAACUUGAAAAUUCUCAUACAUGUUCGGCAAUAUUUAUGGUUGGAGGAUUUAGUGAAUCUAAAUAUUUGCAAAAUAGAGUCCAAACAGAAUUUCAAGACAAAGUUGCACAUAUCUUAGUACCCCCAGAACCUACUGCAGCAGUAGUUCGUGGUGCUGUUAUAUAUGGUCUACGUAUGAAUCCGUCAUUCUACAAUAUACAAGACCCUUCUAUUAAACCAAUCAUUAAAAAUCGUAUUCUUAAAUUUACAUAUGGUGUUGAAGUGGGUAUGAUUAGUAGAUUUUCUACUUUAGCUAAAAGAGGAACAACCACCGAAGUUAAUCAGAAAUUCAAUGGUACAUUCGUUCCACUUUUUGCAUAUCAAUCAGCUAUGAAGUUUAGAAUUUUUAUAACUCAAAAACAUGAAGUGGAAUGUUGUCUUGAAGAAGGUGUUGAAUUGCUUGGAGAAUUGUUAGUUGAUCUUCCAGACAUAGAUCUUGGUCUUGAUAGAAAGGUCAAAUUUUCACUAUGUUUUGGUGAAGAGGAAAUUAAGGCUUCUGCAGUAAAUUCGACUAAUGGGCAAAACUAUCAUACUGUCUUUAAUUUAGAUACAGAAUCUUAG